UGGAAUGUCCACAGACUGCGUGACCCCACAGGUCUCAGCAUGGUUUCCCAGGCGGGCGAGCUGGCCCUCCUCUGCCUUCUCCUGGGCCUGCAGGGCUCCCUGGCCACAGUGUUCCUCAGGCCGAGGGCGGCCCACGGCGUCCUGCACAGGCCGAGGCGCGCCAACGCGUUCCUGGAGGAGCUGCGGCCCGGCUCGCUGGAGAGGGAGUGCCGCGAGGAGCGCUGCUCGCUGGAGGAGGCCCGCGAGAUCUUCCGGGACGCGCGGCGCGCCGAGCAGUUCUGGCUUUCUUACACCGACGGGGACCAGUGCGCCUCGAACCCGUGCCGGAACGGAGGCUCCUGCGAAGACCAGCUCCAGUCCUACAUCUGCUUCUGCCCCGACAGCUUCCAGGGCCGCAACUGUGAGACAAACAAGAAGGACCUGCUGGUCUGCGUGAACGAGAACGGAGGCUGUGAGCAGUACUGCAGUGACCGUGCCGAGGGCGGGCGCUCCUGCCGCUGCCACGAGGGGUACACGCUCCAAGACGACGGGGUGUCCUGCGCGCCCACAGCCCCGGAGCCCAGCCCUCACCAGCUCAUCAUCAGGCAUGAAGCCCCGGCCGACGUCUUGCUUCCUGCAGUGGAGUACCCGUGUGGGAAGAUCCCUGUCCUGGAGAAGAGAAACGGCAGCAACGCCCAAGGCCGCAUCGUGGGUGGCAGGGUGUGCCCCAAAGGGGAGUGUCCUUGGCAGGCUAUCCUGAUGGUGGAUGGGGUGCUGCUAUGCGGGGGAACCCUGCUCGACGCUGCCUGGGUGGUCUCCGCCGCGCACUGCUUCGAAACCCGGAAGAACUGGAGAAACCUGACGGUGGUCUUGGGGGAGCAUGACCUCCGCGAGCAAGAGGGCGAGGAGCAGGUGCGGCGCGUGGCCCGGGUCUUCAUCCCCGACAAGUUCGUCCCCGGCAAGACAAACCACGACAUUGCUCUGCUGCAGCUGAACAGGCCCGUGACUUUCACAGACCACGUGGUGCCCCUAUGUCUGCCCGAGAAGAGCUUCUCCGAGAGGACACUGGCCUCCGUCCGCUUCUCGACCGUCAGCGGCUGGGGCCAGCUGCUGCACAGGGGCGCCACGGCCGUGCAGCUCAUGGCCAUCGACGUGCCCCGCGUGAUGACCCAGGACUGCCAGGAGCAGUCGCGCCAGUGGGAGGGCUUGCCCGCUGUCACCGAGAACAUGUUCUGCGCUGGCUACCUGGACGGGAGCAAGGACGCCUGCCAGGGGGACAGCGGGGGCCCGCACGCCACCAAGUUCCAGGGCACCUGGUACCUGACGGGCAUUGUCAGCUGGGGGGAGGGCUGUGCGGCCGAGGGCCACUUCGGGGUGUACACCAGGGUGUCCCGGUACAUCGAGUGGCUGCACAGGCUCAUGAACACCAACACAACCCUGCGAGGCCUUCUCCGGGCCCCGCUGCCCUAGCCCCGGCCCAGCGCCCCCCGGGAAUAAAGCUGUUGCCUGCCUCUCCCUCGAA